AUGGAAUUCCCAACUACAUUAGACCUAGGUAGAGGAUGUAUCCCCUUUUAUAUGCACACUAGUGUAGUUUGAAGCACACACUGUCCCACAAUGUAACUACCUAUCUGCUUGAAUAACUGCUAAGAUUAAGUAAUGAUUGAUCCUUCCUGACAGAAGACCCAGGCCCAGUGGGACCUCCAGGGGGGCAAAAGCAGCCUGUGAAGUCCCACCUGUUGGCCUCCAGAGAGCUCCUGGUGGCCUCCCUGUAUAACCUGGCUCCCCUGCUGGACAGGACCCUGGCAGCCGGCCUGCUCUCCCAGGAGAACUACUUUGAGGUGGGGGCAGAGAGGACCCCUCAGGGCCGGGCCCGCAGGCUGCUGGAGGUGGUCCAGGCUGAGAUGGACGAGGCUGGGGCCAGAGGCUUCAUGGAGUGCCUCAGGAGAUGCAAGCAGCACUACCCGCGCCUCCGAGCCUGGCUCAGAACUGAUGCAGGUAUGGAAGGACAAGUGUGUGAACACACGCAUGUGUAUGAAUAUUGUUAACACAUUUCAAAAUGUCAUCUUCCGCAUGCAAACAUAAGUCUUAAGACAAUAUUUGAUGUCUUUUGUUUCCCCCACAGAUAUUCAGCGUGGACCCACAGGUAUGGUAAUGAAGAGAACCUCUUUCUGAAAGGGUCAGACUGUUGGUAUGCAUAGGUGUUUUAAUCUGGCAUUGGUCAUCUCCUAUCUGAUUCAAUGUUGUGCUGAACUGUUGGGCUUCCCCAGAGCGUAAGCUGCAGGCCCAGCUCAGUGUCCUGUGUGGCCGGUUGGGGUUCUCUGUCCUGCCAGUCUCCCUGGAGCUGUUCUCUAAUGGCACCCUGACCCAGUUUGAGCUGGACCAGGUCCAGGCAGUGCCCACAUCCUACCAGCAGACCCACCAGCUCCUGUCCAUCUGUCUGUCCAAGGGAGAGAGGGCCUGCUGUAGCUUCUACCAGGCCCUGGGCAGCGAAGACCAACAGCUGGCCUCAGACAUCAGUGGUGACUAGCUAUUAACUUGUUAUAACAAGUUUAUUACUUUUGUUGCCAAUUUAUUUCUAAUGACUGUUUUCUGUCUCAUGUGUUUUAUGUCUGUAUUUCAGUCAGUGGGCUGGUAGAGGCUCUGCCUGAUAUCUCUGUGGUCAGUGGUCAUGAAGCUUAUAUCACCUCUGUGGCAGUGGAGGAUCCUGGGGUGUGUAGUACUCCUGUGGAAGUGAAGGAUUAUGGGGACUGUAGUACUCCUAUAGCAGUUGAGACCAGACAUACUGAUGGGGAAGUUCUGUCUCUCCCAGACACCCACAUACUCUCAGGUAAAGCUUACACCAGUUAACUACCAUUAUAACACAAGUAGAUCAGUAGCAGCAGAUAGACCAUAGAUUCAGAUUGAAAAUACAAUAAACAAUUGACAGUGACAACCUGUGUCACACCCUCCUCCCUCUCAGGUGUGCUCCAGCAGGUACUGUCCCUGCUGGCCGUGGCUCCAGGUGAGGGGGCCAGGCUAAAUGUGUGUGAGCUGGGGGUGGCGGUGGGUCUGCCCAGGAGGACCGUCAGAGAGUGCCUGUUGGAUGGGGUGGGGGUGGGGGACAUCGCUCAGCUCAGGGCCCUGGUCACCCUCUUCCUCAUUAAGACCCAGGAUGCCUCAAGGCUGCUAAGCAGGGUGGCAGAGUGCACAGCACACCGUAGGUCUCACUACUUACUUAUUUGCCUAUUUGUAUCAGGUACUUCUCAAGCUACCUAUCAGUAACUUUUUUGUUGCUUUUAGGGGUGCUGCUGUCUGAGAGGGGAUGUAUGUUACUGAAGCUGCUGCCAGUGGCUGAGGCCUUUCUCCAUGCCUGGGACCACCACCUGCGAGCUGGGGACCAUCUCCACACUGGGGACCACCACCACCUGCAAGCUGGAGACCACAUUGACAAAGUGUGGAACAUCUUUAGCUUUCUCCUGUGGGACAGCAUGGCAGAGGCACUGGAGGAUCCUGGGGCUGCAGUGGAAUCAUUGUGGAACCCUAGGGAUGCUGUCCGUCUAUUACAAGACAGUGAGAGAGUGGAGACAGAGCUUCUCCAGGAGUUGGAGGAGUGUUGGGCGGACGGGGGAACUGAGAGCCUGUUACAGAGUGUUAAAGUACUAGCUCAGUUGUUACGUGACCUCCACCCUCUCCAGGACAGUCUGUGCCUCUCCCCUCUUGAAGAGGGGGCUGUGUACCCCUGCCGCUCUCGCAGACUCCACAGAGUCACCUGUUUCCAGGGCCUGCCUGCACGGGUCAUCCGCAAAGCACUGGGACACGGAGCUCCCUCCACACACCCAACCCCAGCUGCUCUCCCCAGCCAGCACAGAGAUCUCUGCCUCUGCAUCACACGUCUGCUGGACAGGGUGCACCCACACGAAAGUGCUACCUCCAUAGAUCUCUCCCAGGCUCCUAUUGCUACCAUCACCCAGCACAUCCGCUCCACCCUGGCCCGGCCGGCGUUCGGCCCCCAGGGCUUCGAUGCUGGGGUGAGACACAGGGUUCUGUCUGUGGUAAAGUACGACCCGGUCAGAUGGGGCCUGCCUAACUUACAGGAGCUGCAUAAAGACACUCUGUUGGGUCUGGAGAGCUACCUAAAGCCAGGGGAGCAUCACAGCUUCCAGCUCGUCCCAGAGAAAGUACGGAUCUUUGGAGGGCCAGAGAUACGCUGGGGAGAAAGGGUCAGGGGCCCAGUCGCCAUCGACAACGGGAUAGAGGAAGUCCUCCAAUUUGUCACCUCCGAGCCAGCCUCGUUUCUUAUCAGUGUUAGUUGCCGCGGCUAUGACAGGGGCCAGUACUUUGAGGUACGUGAGCCGCAGUGUGUACGUGUGUCUGGACUGCAGGAGGAGGGGAUGGGCGAGGUGCAGGGUUUAGGGGGGACAGUGUUGGUUUUGGCAGUAGAGGGCGAGACGGUGUGGAUGAGAGAGGGGAGGCAGGGGAGGGAGAGCGGGACAGAGCUGGAGCAGGUCUCUCAGAGACACUCCGCCACGCUACAGGAGGGGGGCUGCUGCUUCAGUGUCACGACCACAGGGACACGUUGCCAGGUCAAGUUCAUCUACAAGACAGGGAGGAUCUCUGCUGUGGCCGAGAGGGACUGUGAAGUUUUCUAAAGCCAUAUUCACACGGGACUAGUAUUACUAUAGAACGUCGGUUAUGUAAUUAUUGCCCCAGCAUGUCCGUUUUUCCCAUGGACGAUUCGGACGGGAUUAGUUUUACCAAACUGUAUUUUUUUUUUUUUUUAAUGUACCAUUAUGACGGAAGCCUGGAGGCUCUUCUAGGCCUGAAGAUAUUUCAAAUGUCUAUGGAUAACCUAAUAUUGGCCUAAUGGCCUUCAGUUCAGAGAAAGUCUAAAUAAUAAUGCAUAUCAAUAAGAACCAUGAACUGUAACCUAUGUAGAAAUGUAAUUACCUGACGUAUUUGGCAAUUUAUCAAUUCAUUGGCACAAUAUCAGCCACUUCAUCUUUUAAAAGAGAAGUAUGGCACUAGGAAAGUUGAUGUGGAAAAAAAACAGUUAAUCUGUAGGCUACGUGCAUAGCACUUUAUUUUAAGCGUCAAUUUGUUCCCAUGUUCUACCCAAACUGGGUGCAGCACCUGUUAAAAACUCUGUAAUAUCCCUCAAAACACAGGGAUGAUGAUUCGCACGGGAUAAGUAUUAUUAGAGGACCUUGGAGUUUGCCGAAAAACAGUAGGUUUUUAGGGCUGGGAUAAUAACCUUCCUUCCAUGUAAAAAUGACCGACAUGGCAGAUUCGGACGGGACUAAAAUUACGGAUGUGGUGUUUUGUGCUCGUGCACAUAAUUACAUUACCGGAGCUCCCCCAGUAAAACGUAUCCCGUCCGAAUAGGGUUUAAGUUUCACUUGGUGGGAUUUAAUACCAGAAACAACAAGCUGGUAUUCAGGCAUAGAGAUGACACCCACAUUAUUGAAAAAGGUGCUUCAGCACCAGAAAGCUGUCUUCACAUGUAA